GUAUACGUUCUUCCCAAUUCGGUAUUGUUGAUAAUCUUUUAUUCCUUGUGGCGCUUAGGAAGAAGCAAUCGUAACAGAAAACCAGCAUGGGCGCAUGAUGUCGUUGAGCGACCAUCCCCGAGUCUAUGGCUCGGCCGCUUUGGCGGUUGCCUUCAUUGCCGGCGUCUUUAUGACAUUGGGGUUCAAAGACCUCUAUCCAGAGCUGGAAGCACGGUAUGAGCGGCGGAAGAAACGCUCACGACGGGGCAGCAUCUUCUUUGGGCCUGUCAGCCUCGAGGACCGCGAAACAUCCUCCGUGAGCAGUUUCGACCGCGGCAACGGCAUCGUGGAUGGCGUCGAGGGCACAAUCGGAAACACGCCGCUCAUCAAAAUCCGCAGUCUCUCCGAGGCAACUGGCUGCUUAAUCCUGGCCAAAGCCGAGUACCUCAAUGGCGCUGGCGGAAGCCCCAAGGACCGCGUCGCCCUCAACAUGAUCCAGGUCGCUGAGGAUCAGGGCCUGCUCUCACCCGGGCGCGGCGACACCAUCUACGAGGGCACCGUGGGCAGCACGGGCAUCUCGCUCGCCGUCCUGGCCCGCGCCCGCGGCUACAAGGCCCACAUCUGCAUGCCCGACGACAUGGCUAUUGAAAAAUCCGACCUGCUGCACCACCUGGGCGCAACUGUCGAGCGGGUUCCCGUCACGCCCAUCACGGAUCCGGGCCAUUUUGUCAACCUCGCCCGGACCCGCGCCAAGGAGCACACGGCAGCAUCCGACACGCCCUCGCGCGGCUUCUUUGCGGACCAGUUCGAGUCCCUGGCCAACUACACGGCGCACAUGAAGACCACGGGCCCGGAGAUCUACGCGCAGACCGAUGGCCAGCUAGACGCCUUUGUCGCGGGCGCCGGCACCGGCGGCACCAUUGCCGGCGUGACCAAGUACCUCAAGGAGGAGAGGGAUCUGACAUCCUUGAGGGUGGUGCUCGCCGACCCGCAAGGCAGCGGGCUGUACAACAAGAUCCGGCACGGCGUCAUGUAUUCGUCGACCGAGCGAGAGGGCACCCGCCGGCGGCAGCAGGUGGACACAAUGGUGGAGGGCAUCGGGAUUAACCGGAUUACCGAGAACUUUGAGGCCGGGCGGGUCCUGAUUGACGAUGCGGUCAAGGUCACGGACGAGCAAGCGUGUCGGAUGGCGAGGUGGCUUGUGGAGCACGAUGGGAUAUUCAUUGGGAGUAGCAGCGCGGUGAAUUGCGUGGCCGCUGUGGUGACGGCACUCAAGAUGCCCAAGGGGAGCCGGGUCGUCACGAUUUUGUGCGAUUCAGGGACGAGGCAUCUGAGCAAGUUUUGGAAGCACAUUGCUGCAAUGGGACUGGAGGAUGAAACCCACGAGCAGGACGAGGACUUGCUUGCUGUGCUGGGCCUCCAAGGUCUCCGGAGGUAGUGGUCGGAAACCUGGUUAAGGUGGCUGGACAGCCUGACGAGAUACUAGAUCAAUGCCUGAAGUUCUCAACACGGGCAAAGAGCUUUGGGAACCUGGGGUAUUGAUUCUUGUUAAACUCAAUGCACUUUGGUAUCUCUGCGAUUUCAGCAGGUGACCUGCUGCCAGAU